AUGUGUCUGGAAUCCAUCAAUGUUGCGCCCACAAAUAUAGAUCAGCAACCAGACCACAAGGUUAGCGUGCAAGGCAGUGCAAGUAAGUUCCGUCAUUACCAGACGUUCUAUGAUAUUUAUAUGAGAGUAACCUCGUUUCUUAAGACUCUUGGAGUAGAAUUUUCCGAAGACAGAAAACGAGGUUACUCUCAUAUAAAUAUCAUAGAACGUCUGAUCACCAUGAAACGUUUGAUAUCAAACCUUGUGGUCUGGUUGCUGAUCUAUAUUUGUGGGCGCAACAUUGAUGGGUUCCAGACACAUAUUUAUCGGGCUGAAGACAUCAGCACAGGUCGUUUUGCGUACAUAAAAUAUAUCCCAAAUGUACAGUCGGAAAUAUCGUGUGGCGCGUCUUGCGCCAGAGACCCAGAUUCAUGUAAAGCCUGGUACUACAACAGACAAGACGAAACCUGCAGCAUCCGAACUGGAGAGCAUGACAACGCCAGACCCCACACGGCCAUCUUGACAAGGGGUUACCUGAGGAACGCGGGCAUCAUUGUCACGGAUUGGCCUUCAAGGUCGCCCGAUUUGAAUCUCACCAGGCACGUCUUGAAUGUGACUAACACACACCAAAGCAAAGCGGACCUGUCUCAUGAUCAGACAUCGCGGAAACAAUGGCGCUUGGUGGAUCCUAGCGCCACACUUCCAGGUCACUGCAGAGUUCCGUUCGUGAAAAAUGUGACGUCAGCACUAGAGAGAAUCACAAAGAAUGACAGAAACGUUUCGUGCGAGGCCGACUUCUGCUUCUUUGAGACGAAACACUCGGCCGAAUGCAGACGAACUGGAAAACAGACGCCAGAGUGCGGAAGAUGUGAAAGGAUAGCGUGGCGAAACAAGACUUGGAAGAUACAGGCUCGAUUCCCGGCACAACCUACUCUUGGAUGGGAGAUGGUCUGGAGAGGAAAACGGAGAACACACAGCGACUUUAUGAACAUAUAUGUUGGCAUGCCAUUGUUAAUACAUUUCAAGUUUUUACCAACUGGGAAGUGUCAGCUAUCGCUAAUGGUCAGGGAUCAAGAGAAAGAAUGGACUAGAGUCUUCGACGUAUACAACAUACGGAUAGGAGAAACAUUUGACAUUAAGAUUUCCAUGGGAGUUGAUCACUUUCAGGCUAGCUUGAAGAAUAAGAAGAAUUUUAAGAUAUAUCACGGCACGGACUUUUCGAGGGAUUACAACAAGUUUGACUACGUCGUUAUUUCCGGAGACAUUUUCACAGAGAUCCUGGAAUUUCUGUAUUAACAGAAAAGGAAUAAUAUAAC